AUGCUUCAGCCAGCGUGCCUGAGACAAGCGGGAGUUGGCCCGACUGCCAGGGUGCCCCUGUUUGGAAUCGCCGCCGUUUCUGGCGCACCGUCCAAACUCAGCAGUUACGUACUGUACCUGACCAACCUGGAAGGAGAGGCGAGGGCGAAGCUGCAGAUUACCGAGGGGGACCUGCUCUACGUGCUGGAAAAGAGCACCGACGAUGACUGGUGGAAGGCCAAGAAGAAGGCGACCGGCGAAGAUGAAGACGAGCCUGUCGGGCUGAUCCCGAAUAAUUACGUCGAGGAGGUCCAACCCCAAGCGAAAGCCCGCGCUCUGUACGAAUACACACGGCAGACUGACGAAGAGCUGUCGUUCCCUGAGGAUGCGCAGCUUGAGGUCUUUGAUACGACAGACCCGGAUUGGAUUCUGGUCGGACAUGAAGGGGAUUAUGGCUUCGUUCCCGCCAACUACAUCGAGCUAGGGGAUGCCGCAGCCAAGGAGGAGCAGGAGGUUGAAGCGCCCGCGCCCGCGCCGCCUCCUCUCCCCGCGCGUACCCCUAGCAGCGACGUACAGAGCCCGCCCCUUCCUGCUAGGAACCCGGCCCCUCCCCCCGAGCCGAGCCCGCCUGAUACGCCCGCCGCCCCCAACCCGGCGACUAUGAUCGCUGGCAUGAUGGCUGCUCGCGCGAGUUCGGCGACGCAGCCGCCCCCCGCGCCGCUCGAUCUUCCGCCCCGAAACCAGUAUGCCUCCGAGGAAUCCGAUGCCGAGGUCAAAUCCCCACCGCUCCCGGCGCGGCCGCGCGGCAACUCGCACGUGUCGAUUGAGCCUCCCCGUCCCUCCCCACCGGUGGAACAGCGUAGUCGGAACGAUUAUAGCAAUCGCAACGAGUACAGCAGUCGCAAUGAGCACAGCGGUCGCAAUGACCGCCGUAGCCGCGUUGACUACGACGAGCCGCAAACCCCCAAAACGGAACCUCUCACCCCCGGUGACUUCCACAUGUACAAUAUCAACGAGAUGAUGUCCAUCAUGGGCAAGAAGAAGAAGAUGCCCACCACCCUGGGCAUCAACCUACGAACGGGCAUCAUCAUGAUCGCCCCCGAGUACGCCCAGGACGGGCCCUCGCUCGAGUGGACCGCCGAUCGCAUGACGCACUACUCGCGUGAGGGAAAGCACGUCUUCAUGGAGCUGGUCAAGCCGAGCAAGAGCAUCGACUUCCACGCGGGCGCAAAGGACACCGCCGAAGAGAUCGUUUCCAUGCUCGGGGAACUGGCCGGCGCCGUGCGCGCCGAGGGUCUGCGGGAGGUAAUCAUGGCUGCCACGGGCCCAAGGGCGAUACAACAGAAGAAGGGUGUCAUCAUGUACGACUUCAUGGCGCAGGGCGACGACGAGGUGACCGUCGGCAUUGGCGAUGAGGUCAUCAUCUUGGACGACACUAAGAGUGACGAAUGGUGGAUGGUGCGCCGCGUCAAGAACCAGCGAGAGGGUGUCGUGCCGAGCAGCUACAUCGAGGUCACCGGAAUCAUCGAGUCCCCUGUUCCGACCGCCUCCUCGGGCGUUGGUGCGGGUAAAUCGACCAUCGAGCAGAACCGCCUAGACGAGGCACGCAUGACCAAGGAGGCCAUCAAGGCUGGCCAGCGGGAGGACCAGAAGGAGAGGGAAAGAUCGAGAUCAGAGGUAGGCCCUGGAUUGCCCCUGCCCGACCGGAGUAGUAGUUUGUCGGCCAGACUGGGUAACACCGAGUCGCAACAGCGAAGCAAACGCGAGAACGGCCGCGCCGAGGCCUCGGGCUCGUCCAGGUCCAACGGAAAGUCGAAACCCGAUCCCUCCAAGGUCCGCUCGUGGACGGACCGCUCCAAGUCGUUCACCGUCGAGGCCCAGUUCCUAGGCAUGAAGGACGGCAAGCUCAACCUUCACAAGCUCAACGGCGUUCGCAUUGCCGUGCCCGUCGCUAAGAUGUCACUCGAGGACUUGGAAUAUGUCGAGCGCGUUACCGGUAUCUCCCUCGACGAGGACAAGCCGUUGUCCGAUCUCAAGAGACGGGCGACGACGAGCGAGAGCUCCCGCAAGCCCCCGGCCGCUAAGGUCGGCGCUUCCGUGGAGCCCAAGAAGUCGGACUACGACUGGUUCCAGUUUUUCCUGAAUUGCGAGGUCCAACCGGGGUUGUGUGAGCGGUACGCCCAGGCUUUUGACAGGGAGUCAAUGGAUGAGAGCGUCCUGCCCGAUGUGGACGCUUCUGUUUUGCGGAACCUAGGGUUCCGCGAGGGUGAUAUCAUCAAGGUGAUGCGGUAUUUGGAUACCAAGUAUUAUCGCAAAAAGGGAGAAGAAGAGGCCAGUGGCGGACUGUUCUCCGGCCCUGGCGGUGCGCUACGGAACAACACCCGAAAAGGGCGGCCGGCUCCUCCGGUCGAGACCAACAACACCGUUGACCCGAACGCCUUCUCUUCGCAGAAGGACUCGCCUCCGGCUGAAGCUAAGGCCGCGUCCCCGCCGACGGCGGCGGCCGCCCCGGCGGCUUCAAAGCCUGCUGGAGGGUUCGAUGAUGAUGCGUGGGAUGUGAAGCCGUCCAAGACCCCGGAACCGGCUCCCCAGCAGGCACCGGCAGCCCCAGCCCCCGCUCCUGCGCCAGCUCCGGCUCCUGCUCCGGCACCAAGCACGGCCAAGCUCACCGGGUCGAUGCAGGAGUUGUCACUGCUGACCCAGCCGUUGACACCAGAAAAGGUCCAGCCGCCAGCCCCUCCACCGGCUUUGAACUUGGCCCCUGCCACAGCGCCCGCCCCGGCUCCGGCCCAGAUUGCCCAGCCUACCGGCGCUACUCCCGGUUUCUUCAGCGGGAUGCAACCGCCCGCCGUGAACGGCCAGCAGCAGCAAUCCCAAUACGCCCAGCAAUUGCCACAAAACAUUGCCCGCCAACGACCCAUGGCGCCGCAGUACGCUCAAGGUCAAGGCGGUCUAAUGCCGCCCCCUCCGCCCUCGCGGCCCCUCUCCGCACCGCAGUCCGCCCAACCCAGUGCCUUCGCCCCGCCGCCGCUCCAACCCCAGAUGACGGGCUACGCUCAGGUCGCUCCCCCUGGCCAGAGCCUGAAUGACCUCUCCCAGGCCCGCCUCCAGCAACAGUACACCGCGAUGCAACAGCAACAGCAGCCGAUGAUGCCCAUGAUGACCGGCAUGCAACCGCAGCAGCAACCACAGCAGUUCCAGAGUCCGUUCAUGCCCCAACCUACAGGCAUGGCCCCCAUGCAGGUCCAGCCCACGGGUUUUAUGGGCGGCUUCCAGCCGCAGCAGCAACAGCCGCAGAUGACGGGGCUGCCCCAGCCGCUUGAGCCGCAGCGCACGGCUAUGGGCAUGGGCCAAAUGGGCAUGGGCGGUGGCAUGCAGCAGAUGCAGCCGCAGGCUACUGGGUUUGGGAACAUGGGUGGUGCUGGUGGUGUUGGUGGUGGAAUGCAGCCGCCCGCGCAGCCCCUCGUGCCCCAGCAGACGGGCCCCGCCCCGCCGGUAAGGUUCGGUGUGACGGAGGGAGCCAAGAAGCUGGCUCCCCAGGCGACGGGGAGGAGGGCCAAUCUGGCUGCUGCUACGCCGGACAACCCGUUCGGGUUCUGA